AUGUCAAUUACAUGUCUUUCAGAAAGGAACACAAACACUGAUAGAUACAUAUUGAUUAAUGAGACAAAGACCUGGUGUGAUGCUCAGACCUACUGCCGAGAGAAUCACACCGACCUGGUCAGUGUGAGGAACCAAAUUGAGAAUGAGGAGAUCUGGGGAAAGAUUCAAAGUUCAAGAAAUGAGCCUGCUUGGAUUGGUCUGUUUUAUGACUCCUGGAAGUGGUCAGAUCAGAGUAAUUCCUCAUUCAGAUACUGGAGCUCGAACAAACCCAGUGGAGGUUUGAACUGUGCUGCAGUGUCUGUGUCUGAGCUACACUAUUGGAGUGAUGUGAACUGCACAGAAAAACUCCCAUUCAUCUGUCAUGAGAACAGACUGAUCUUGAUCAAACAGAAUCUGACCUGGCGGGAAGCUCUGAAUUACUGCAGGAAUCAUCAUUAUGACCUGGUCUCAGUGCGCACUGAGGAGAUGCAGCUCUGGGUGAAGGAGGUGGUUCAAGAUGCCUCCACUGAACACGUGUGGCUCGGCCUGCGUCACGACUGCGCCCAGCGGAUCUGGUUCUGGGUUUUUGGAACCAUGGUCUGCUAUCAGGACUGGGCCCCGGGGACUGGGACAUGGAAUGAAGACUGCAGCCAUGAGAAGAGAAGUGGAGCAGUUCAGUCUGGAGGACAGCAGCAGUGGAUCGACCUGCCUCAGAACUACAAACUCAACUUCAUCUGCUCUACCUAUGAUGAAAUGUUUUGAGUGAACAUGAAGACUGAAGACAAGCUGUGGUCCACCAUCUGUAUCAACAUCAGAUCUACAGUACUGUCUCAUUUUAUACUCUUAUAUACAUUAUUGAUAUAAAUGUAUCCUCUUUA